ACAAAUAGGAGCCACUCCUCUAAUAGAGAAAGUGACAUAAAUAUUUGUCGAGCAGCGAGGCCAUGGCUCUUUUAUCUCUCAGGAGACUUUUGGCCACAUUUCUUGCUCCAGCAUUAUCCCUUCCAUUUUGAUAUAGAGACUCCAAUAAUCCAUUCAAAUCAUUCAGUGGUUCUGCUUCUGCCAAAUUUUGUACACUUACUGCCACUCCCAAAUAAAAACACGUUCUUUUUUCUCAAUUAUACAAAUAGAAAAAGGUCUCUCUCCCGUCAGACACGCAUAACAACGCUCUAUACUACUGCGUUGGGUUUCUUGCUGGACAUUACAAGCGACUCUAAGCGAACCUCGCAGGUACGGGGACUAUAUGGGACUUGACUUUAGGGAUUCGAUCGAGUCUUGAAUGAAAUUUGGAUUCUCUAAGGUGGCUUUUGUGGUACAACUCUCCCAGAAGUUCUUAUCCAUGGCAGGGGAGCACGUAUACCUAUAUAGGUAGCGGAUACAAUACUAACAUGUUGGCAGCGGGCUUUAUUUGUAGCCAAUUUUUUUGGCUUCUUAUCUAGUGACAUCUGCAAGAAGUCUUCUACUCCACCAUGCCUCCAAGACCCUUAGACUAUGAGUCUAUUAAUGAAAAUGUGAAGAGAGCUCAAUAUGCUGUUAGAGGUGAAUUAUAUCUUCGAGCUUCUGAGCUUCAGAAAGAAGGGAAGAAGAUUAUAUUCACUAAUGUUGGCAACCCUCAGGCUCUAGGACAGAGACCUCUGACCUUCCCUCGUCAGGUUGUUGCUCUGUGCCAGGCUCCAUUUUUACUAGAUGAUCCCAAUGUUGGAUUGCUGUUCCCCGCAGAUGCAAUUGCAAGAGCUAAACAUUAUCUAUCAAUGACCUCGGGAGGUCUAGGUGCUUACAGUGACUCCCGAGGCCUUCCAGGAGUAAGGAAGGAAGUGGCAGAGUUCAUUCAAAGGCGUGAUGGUUAUCCUAGCGAUCCAGAGCUUAUAUAUCUCACUGACGGUGCCAGCAAAGGUGUGAUGCAGAUCCUAAAUACUAUCAUCCGAGGUCAAUCAGAUGGGGUUUUGGUUCCUGUCCCACAAUACCCACUAUACUCAGCAACAAUUGCUCUCUUUGGUGGUUCUCUUGUUCCCUACUACCUUGAAGAGACAGCAAAUUGGGGUCUUGAUAUUAAUGAACUUCGUCAGGCAGUUUCACAGGCUCGCUAUAAAGGAAUAACUGUAAGGGCAAUGGUGAUCAUAAACCCUGGAAACCCAACUGGUCAAUGCGUUAAUGAAGCUAAUCUAAGAGAGAUUUUGCAAUUUUGUUACCAAGAAAAUCUAGUCUUGCUUGGAGAUGAGGUUUACCAGCAGAAUAUAUAUCAGGAUGAACGACCUUUCAUCAGUUCUAAAAAGGUUUUGAUGGAUAUGGGGCCACCUAUGAGCAAGGAACUCCAGCUUGUCUCUUUUCAUUCUGUGUCCAAAGGAUAUUGGGGUGAAUGCGGACAGCGGGGUGGAUAUUUUGAAAUGACCAAUAUUCCUCCAGAGACAGUGGAUGAGAUUUAUAAAGUUGCAUCCGUGUCACUCAGUCCAAAUGUUCCAGCACAGAUAUUUAUGGGAUUGAUGGUCAACCCGCCCAAACCCGGUGACAUCUCUUAUGAACAAUUUGUUAGGGAAGGCAAGGGAAUACUUGAUUCACUGAGGAGAAGAGCAAGGUUAAUGACUGAUGGAUUCAACAGCUGCAGAAAUGUUGUUUGUAAUUUCACAGAAGGUGCCAUGUAUUCAUUCCCUCAAAUUAGAUUGCCACCUAGGGCAAUAGAGGCUGCAAAACAAGCUGGAAAGGUUCCAGAUGUAUUCUACUGUCUCAAGCUUCUGGAAGCCACUGGCAUAUCCACAGUUCCUGGUUCGGGAUUCGGGCAGAAAGAAGGGGUCUUCCAUUUGAGGACAACAAUUUUACCAGCAGAGGAAGAGAUGCCUGGCAUUAUGUCAAGCUUCAAGAAGUUCAAUGAUGAGUUCAUGGAGCAGUAUGAAGACCAUAGAGGUUAUUCAAGGAUGUAAUCAAGCAUAUCAUUGUGAAAAUUUGUAUUAAAUCUCUCACUAAAUCUUUUGUGACAGUAAGCUUUUCUUUUCAUACACUUGUAAAACUUAACCUCCUCUACACUACAUGAGGCAACCUUUAUCUGUUGGCAAUGAUUCUCUUACUACUUCAUCAUCUUUAUCAUC